AAAAGUGAAAUAAAAUCCGACCAAAGAAAAAUCUUUUGCUGCUCGGAAAUCCUCUGCGAGGAUGAUAGGGAUUUCGAGCUCUCCUUUCACCUACUCUUCAACCCCAACAACUGAUCGCUGCCACUUCCCCGCCGCCGCAGACCGGCGUCAUUCUCCACAGGCCCUACUUCGUCUGGGCGGAGACUCAAACCGACGACAACGCAUGUUUCGAUGCCGAAGCAGCGGAGGAAAUCAGACAUUCCCAUCAGGUGAUAAUGACAGUAAAGCUGUUCUGGAUGCAUUCUUUUUGGGAAAAGCUUUUGCAGAGGCACUUAAUGAACGGUUGGUUUCUGCUGUUGGUGAGGUCUUAGGUGUCUUCGGUCAAUGGCAAGCUGAGCAGCAAAAACAAGUACAAGAUUUUCAGGAAGAUGUCGUAGUGAGAGCGAAGAUAGCUAAGGAAAAGGCUGCAUUGGAGGCCUUGGAGCUGCAGGGCGUCAUUUCAAAAUCUUUGACGAAAACUCCUAUGGGUGAUGCGCCGGUCUCACCGACCCCAAAUGGUGGUCUGGUGGUGGAAAACCCUCUCAGUGAAAUUCUGAAGGAUUGAGUUGUUCUUCUGGAUCAUCUGGUUUGCAUGCUCUUGGGAUCAUUCAGAGGAAGGAAGAUCAUGGUGCUCUCUCCUGAGCCGAUUUCUGCAGUUCAAGUUAGUUAAUUUUGAUAAACUCAUAUGCUCAUGCUAUUGUAGUAUUAAUAGUGAGAAUUUUUGGUUAUUUGAGCAAUGAGAAGGGAGAUGGAGACUUGUUAGAAUUUAACUGUUUUAAGA